AUGAAACUCAUUCCCUUCAUCACACCGGCUCUUUAUGCCGUAUGCGCUACGGCAUUGCCAGCCAAACGAGAUAACGGCCCCUUCACUGCCAUCGCCUUGCGCUCUGCGUCUCCCAUUCACCAGCUAUCCAUAACUGCGGCCGGCGAGAGCUUCUGGCUGGGAGGCAACACCGCUUCAUACUGCCCAACGAACGUCGACCCUUGUCCUCCGGGCAAUGUAACCGUCUUUGGCAAUGCGUACUCCUUGGAUGUCGAGGUCCCCGGCGGACAGGUCAUCUAUGUCAACCCUUCCGGCGCACUCGCCUUCACCAUGGCGCAUUCCAUCUACAUUCCCAGCGGUUCUCAGCAAGGCCCUUUCAGCUACGACUCCGGCUCGCCGUUCGGCUCAUACUCAACGUCCAGCUUCGGCGCCACGGGCUUCAUGGCCUGUCCAGACGAUGCGAUGUCGCCGACUUCCUGGCAGGUGUUUGCAGCUAUUCAGAAUGCAACGGUGCCCACUGGCAACGUUGCCGAUUGCCUGGGCUUCGAUGCUGCUACGGUUGACUAUGACGGGGAUAUUCCGGCGUGGCAGUAUAUUUAG